AUAUAGAGAGGACAGAGUCUGACAGAGCAGAUCCAGUGAGAGAGUUUCUUCCUCUCUACCUGUGGAGGACGCCUUGAACUUCUGGACUUUUCUAUCGGAUUAACCACGCCGGCAUUUCUCCCUCAACUUAAGAUUUAUCAUGAAGCUUUUCCUGUUGUCUGUGGCGGCGCUGCUCCUGGUGAUGGGAGAGACCAACGCAGAGAGAAUCCUGUCGCGGAGGACCAAGAGGGACCUCGCCAAUCCGCUGCAUGUCCGAGGCAUCAGGGACCCGUUUGGCUCCUACUGCGAGAGGCGAGGAGGCUGCUGCCCCGGCAGAGACGACCUGUGCACGGUUCCCUACCUGGACACCAUCUGUUACUGCGACCUGUUCUGCAACCGGACCAUCGCCGAUUGCUGCCCUGACUUCUGGGGACAUUGUCUCGGCGUGGAGCCACCCUUCAUAGACACCUGCGAAAGAAAUGGAAACAAGUUCUUUACAGGGCAAACAUACAAAGAGAACUGCAAUUUAUGCACAUGUGGGAUCACGGGACGCUGGGAGUGUGAGCAGAACGCCUGCCUGAUGGAGCCGGGCCUGAUAGACGGCGUCAACAGAGGCAACUACGGAUGGACGGCAGCCAACUACACUCAGCUCUACGGCAUGACGCUGGACGAGGGCAUCCGCUUCCGCCUGGGUACACAGAGGCCGUCCAGGACGGUCAUGAACAUGAAUGAGAUGCAGAUGAACAUGGAUCCCGAGAGCGACAGUCUGCCACUCUACUUCAACUCAGCAGAGAAGUGGCCGGGAAAGAUUCACGAGCCGCUGGACCAGGGCAACUGCGCCGCAUCCUGGGCUUUCUCAACUGCAGCUGUGGCCUCAGACAGAAUCUCCAUCCAGUCAAUGGGUCACAUGACUCCUCAGCUGUCCCCACAAAACCUCAUUUCCUGUGACACCCGCAAUCAGGGAGGGUGCGAGGGGGGACGCGUCGAUGGAGCCUGGUGGUACCUCCGGCGUAGAGGAGUGGUGACGGAAGGCUGCUAUCCGUACCGACCCCCGCAGGAAACGCCAGCGGAGGUGGGCCGCUGCAUGAUGCAGAGCCGCUCCGUGGGCCGGGGGAAGAGGCAGGCCACGCAGCGCUGCCCCAACGCACACAACUACCAAAACGACAUCUACCAGUCCACACCGCCCUACAGGCUCUCAUCCAACGAAAAGGAGAUUAUGAAGGAGAUUAUGGAUAAUGGCCCUGUGCAAGCUAUUAUGGAGGUCCAUGAGGACUUCUUUGUCUAUAAGAACGGGAUCUAUAAACACACUGAUGUCAGCUUCACCAAACCUCCACAAUACCGCAAACACGGCACUCACUCAAUUAGGAUCACCGGGUGGGGAGAAGAGAGAAGCUUUGAUGGGACAUCAAAAAAAUAUUGGAUUGCUGCAAACUCCUGGGGAAAGAACUGGGGAGAGAACGGCUACUUUCGCAUUGCUCGCGGGGAAAACGAGUGUGAGGUUGAAACAUUUGUGAUCGGUGCGUGGGGCAGAAUCACGAUGGAGGACAUGCACAGCCACCAUCACAGCCAUCGUCGCCGGCACACUUAGGGAUGCGGCGGAUGUUAAAAUCACACGUAGGCCUUUGUUUUUAGAAGAAGCACAACAACAAUCUCAACACUUUAGAGCACCCCCCCCCCCCUUCAGCAUCAAGCUGGCUGGGACGGCCUCAAAAUCCCCAUGAGAGCUUCAUCAUUUCAUACCUCACUUCACACUCUUGGCAUCAAUACAACCCGUCCUGUCUUCCCCACUCCCCCUGUAACCAAAGUUUAAUGGCACCAAAACCACCAAGAUAAACUCAACUAAGCUAAAGAUCGUUUGCGUCGCCUUAUUCUUAGGCACCUCAGGUACCUACUGAUCCAAAGACCACACUUCCCAGAAUCCUCAGCGUAAUUCAAUGAAACACAAUAUAUGACAAAGGCAGAAAGUCAGUCUGAUCUUUUUUCUCCUUCUGUGCACUUCUUUGUUGAUCUGAACCUUUAGUCUUUUCUAAAACCAUAAUCCAGGUGGACUGAAUUUCUGAGGGACAGUUGGAAAAGAGGACAUCCGAGAAGCAGAUUAUCAGUCAUCGGACCCUCUCAGAGAGACACACCCAGCCGAACCGUGUAACGUGAUAAUACAUCAUUCAAGUCACACUGGUCCCGGGUGAUGAUGUUUUUCUUUGUUUUCACUUUUAGUGCUUUUUUAUAUGAAAACACCUUCCGACUUAUUCGUCACGUGCUAUUCUUCUGCUGUUUAGCUUUGUGAUGUCCUUAUUUGAGGCUAAUUGAGGACUUGUCAGAAAUUGUCUUUCUUCAGCACAUCCCCACUUGAAAAGGAAUAAUUCUUUAUCAUAACCACUUUAAAUUUUAUCCUGGUUUUCUUUUGCUGUAACUUCAAAAGGUUUUUCCGAUGUGCAGUGUGCUGGAUUGACAAGCAGCAGUUCGUUGCAUAUUUCUCAUGCUAUGAAAGAACCUUCAAUCUUAAGUGAGCGAGUGCAGUGGAAUAUGGACCCAUCAACAUGAGAUGCACAACAGUUUUACAAUAAAGAUGAGAAGGACAAGGUUAAACUGAGCUCUGGCCUGAAGAGGUAUUAUUUCAAUUUUUGACAGCGGAGAGAGUGAGAUUCUUCUUUUAUAUAUAUAUUUUUUAUAUUGUAUCUGUGGGCAUGUCGCUAAAGCUCAACAAGAGGGAACACAAUGACAUAAUCUCAAUCAUUUUUUCAUUACAAUUUAUUUCCACCAUAAUUUGCGUAACCUUUCAUAUUUAUCUACCUAAGAUACUUCAUGCUCUUUUUAAGAGCAAAGAACAUGUUACUUUUCUCAUGCGGAAGGAAGUAUUAUAAUCUGACUGAGAUGUCCAGGGUACAACAUGUGCAUUCAGAAGAUGCAUCUGAUUGUUAGUGUUCAUUUGUUUUCAUUUCAGGAUGUUGCAUUAAUGGUCAUUUAGGUUUAGCGUUAGCUCGGGCCCAAAGUAUGAUCCGGAAUAUAAGUGGCGGCUGGUGGAAUUUUCUUUUGGUAGGGCCAUCCAAUCCAAUCAAUUUCAAAACAACCCACCAUAUGAUUCAAUCAAAGAAAGGUAUCAAACAUGUGUUAUUACUUUGCAGUUAAAUAUUUAACAUGUAUUCCAACACGUGGACUAACAUAAUAAGGAUAUCUUAUUCAUACAAUUCAGUAUAUAUAGUGAUAUUUUGUCUAAUAUGAUUUAUAAAUACCAUAUCCUAUACAUAUCAUAACUAUAUAAUAUAAGUAUCAUGAUGUAUAAUCUAUUUUUCUUUAUUUCUUUUUUUGUCUCAAGGUGGGGCCAGUCCCCAUUGCCCUCUAUUGGCCAGCUGCCACUGCAAUGUAUAGAGGGCUUAUAAAACCUCUUAUAGUGUUAAAUGUGCAUGAACAUCCACUGCAUUAAUUAUGAUUAUGUACAUUAUUAUUAUGCAAAUCUAUCUAAACUCAACUUCUCCUAAAGGAAAACCACAACCCAGGUGCAGCAGCACACAGCCACUUAGAAAAGUUGUGUAUUUUAUGUCAAAUGAACCACUCCUUAUUCACUGAUGUGUAGACUUUAUUUAUGACGAGCUGUGUAAAUUAUCUACUGUACUUUUAUUCCUAGUUUCCCUGUGCAAUGUUUUUGUUAUCGCUCUGUCUCUUGUUUUGUGUGCACUUGACUUGUGCAGCACAAUAAAGUCUUUCAAAAACCA